GUUCAAUUGAGUCAAGCUCGUCGCGGUUGGCGGGUCGAGUUUGGUUACGUGCCGGCCGGAGAUGCGUCAGUGAAACUAAAUCGGGUGUUGUGCGUUACGCGUAAGAGAGAAAGAAUGGGGCAACACGUGAGCAGGGACGAUUUCGAGUGGUCGUACACCGAGGAGCCCCACGCGAGCAGGAGGAAGAUCAUUUUAGAAAAGUAUCCACAGAUCAAGAAACUCUUCGGCUACGACCCCAAUUUCAAAUGGGUGGUGACUGGGAUGGUGCUCACCCAAUUUUUCCUGAUGUACGUCCUCAAAGAUCGACCCUGGCCAGUCCUUCUACUGGUUGCUUAUUGUUUGGGGGGCGUAAUUAAUCAUUCACUUAUGUUAGCAAUUCACGAAAUUUCACACAACUUAGCAUUUGGCCAUGCAAGGCCCUUGCACAACAGACUAUUCGGAUUUUUCGCCAACCUCCCAAUCGGAAUACCCAUCUCCAUCAGCUUCAAGAAGUACCACCUGGAGCACCACAGGUACCAAGGUGACGAGCUUAAAGACACCGACAUUCCCACUUACUUUGAGGCCAAGUUGUUUUGCACCACCUUCGGCAAAUUCAUCUGGGUGAUCCUCCAACCGUUCUUCUACUCGUUCAGGCCUCUGGUGACUUAUCCUAAACCACCUACGCCUAUGGAGUUUGUGAAUCUGUUCAUCCAGUUGAUUUUCGACGCCUUCGUCGUCUACUUCUUCGGUGGGCGUAUACUUGGUUAUUUAAUAAUAGGCUCGGUGAUGGCCAUGGGGCUGCAUCCAGUGGCUGGGCACUUCAUUUCUGAGCACUACAUGUUCAAGAAGGGCUACGAAACGUACAGUUAUUACGGCCCCUUAAACUGGAUUACUUUUAACGUAGGAUAUCACAACGAGCACCACGAUUUCCCUGCCGUACCUGGUUCAAGACUUCCAGAGGUGAAAAAGAUAGCACCCGAAUUCUACGACGACUUACCCCAACACCAUUCAUGGACGGCGGUACUGUAUGACUUCGUGAUGGACCCCGACGUAGGACCUUACGCAAGAAUAAGGCGUAAAGCCAGAGGCUUUAAGACCGACUAAAUUAUUAUUAUGUGAACGUGUAUUAACGUCGUUUGAGUUACCCAACACAAAAUCUCUCGUCGACACAAGUAUUGUUAUUGUAUAAGCCAUUUUUUAAAGAAAUACGCUUGGAUUCAUUUUGUCGUGUCGCACGUUGAAAAUUAUUAUACAUUUAUGUAAUUAAUUAAUAUUGUUGUCUGUUUAUUUUUUUGAACAGAAAGUAAUGUGAUAUAUGUAUAUAUUAUAACUAUUUUUCAAUAAAUAUUUAAUAGUG